AUGCCCAGGUUCUACCUUCCCGAUGCAAUCCCCCUCGAAUUUGUGGAUACCGACCAGGUCGACACCGUCCAGAACUUCCUGUAUCUACUCGAUAAUCGAUGGAAGCAAAUGCUCAUGCACGCAAGGAUGGACGGCAUCAACACAGUGGUUUUUGGAGAGCUAUGGAAUCGGGAAAGGGCUUCCCUGGAUGAGGUCCUCCAUUACCUGUUGAAGCCACUCUUUCCCGACGUCAUCUGGCCUCCUUACGUGGUCACUAUCUUGCAUCAGCGCAGCGCAAUAUUUGUGCCCGGUUUCGUUGAUGACCCUAAUGUGUUUGGAUUUGCCAUGCACCCUGUCCCAGUCGUUCGCAAUAUCGGCGCCGAUUGGUGGAAGAACGUCCCAUAUUCUGCCACGACUGAUGUCCCAAUGAGUGGCCCUGGCGAGGACAGAGGGGAUGUCCCCGAGUCGGCGUCGGCAGCUACGAACGCCGACGUUCGAUCAAGUACACGCAAUAGACCCGCGGACGUGGUCAUCGGCGGCGACGAGGACACCCCGACCGCGAAGCCAGCCAAGCAGAAGAAACCUGCUACGCAGGAAUCUGACGCCGAAGGUGACAUCGACGGCCCCAGUGCCCGCAAGAAGGCGAAAGCUAUGGACAAGGGAAAGAAGGCGGUGAAGGAGAAGGAUGUGACGCCGGCGAAAGAGGCACCAGCGGGGAAGGAGGGCGUGAAAGGAAAGGACGGGUCGAAGACCAAGGCAGGUAGCAAGGCUGCGGGCGGAAAAAAGGGUAAGGAAACUGCACCGCCACCCGAAGAUGACGCCGAUGAAGGAGACGCCACCGAAGCGGUUGAAGACCCUGCCGCUUCCAAGAAGAAGGCGGUAAAGCUCAAGGGCGGCAAGAAGCCCAAACCACCCGUCGACGAAUCAUCUGACGCUGGCAAGAAAGGCAAGCACACAGUUCUUCCGGUUGAAGGUCAGAACACCUGGACGCCGCCGGCUGAUGCGAGCGGCGCCUCUGCAUCGAUUGGUGGCCAGGAACUCAAUGUUGGUGCGUUCCUCAAACCAUUCCCACCCGGCACGCCGACUCUCCCUCACAUGCUCGUUGCUAGACGCUCAUUUGUGCCUUCAGAUUUACUCUUUGAUGACAUGGAGAUUGGUUCAGAGGUCGAAAUGCGGGAGUACCUGGAGCGGCAGAAGGUGUGGGCUCGUAACAUCGUCAAGAACUCGGUGACGGUCAACACUCGCUUUGAGGGCCGUCUGGCGGCACAGGACCAUCGGAUCGAUCAGUUCAUCACGCGUACAGACGCCAGGAUCGCUGGAAUGGCCAAGGACAUCGGGGCCAUUGCGAAGGCCCAGAAGAGCAUCGAGGCCUCUCUGAAAAAACUUGCCAAGCAAUCUGGCGAAUCGGCGUCAGGCCAGCGCGCGUCUUCGAACGUGUCAAAGGACUUCUCAUCGGAGAACAAGGACCCGAACCAGUCUCGCAUGAGCAUUAUGCGCCCAGAGCCAGGUGCGCCCAAGCAGUGGACUCUGACGCCUCCCGGGGAACCCAAGGCCCUUUCCUCAGAUGUUGCGCAAGAUGCGCCUUCCCAGUCCUUCCAGCAGAUUGGUGAUGACGCCGACGCCGACGAGAACCCCGUUGACGCCGAAUCUCCUCGAAGCUCGCCUCCUCCAGCUGCAGAGCCGGCGGAAGAGGAUGAGUAG